AUGUCUCACGGGCAGCACAGACGCGACAUGCUGUCCGCGAGACGUCAGACGCCAUUGUUUACCCCGCUGCCACUCAUUCUACUCCCCCUGCUUACCCGUUGUUUCCCCCCCUCUCUUUCUUUCUUCUCCCCUGCAUACCCAUUGACUGUAUUCCUUCUUCUCCCCCCUGCUUCCCCUCCUUCUCCCCCCUGCUUCCCCUCCUUCUCCCCCCUGCUUCCCCUCCUUCCCCCCCCUGCUUCCCCUCCUUCUCCCCCCUGCUUCCCCUCCUUCUCCCCCUGCUUCCCCUCCUUCUCCCCCCUGCUUCCCCUCCUUCUCCCCCCUGCUUCCCCUCCUUCUCCCCCCUGCUUCCCCUCCUUCUCCCCCCUGCUUCCCCUCCUUCUCCCCCCUGCUACCCCUCCUUCCCCCCCCUGCUUCCCCUCCUUCUCCCCCCUGCUUCCCCUCCUUCUCCCCCCUGCUUCCCCUCCUUCUCCCCCCUGCUUCCCCUCCUUCUCCCCCCUGCUUCCCCUCCUUCUCCCCCCUGCUUCCCCUCCUCCCCCCUGCUUCCCCUCCUUCUCCCCCCUGCUUCCCCUCCUUCUCCCCCCUGCUUCCCCUCCUUCUCCCCCCUGCUUCCCCUCCUUCUCCCCCUUGCUUCCCCUCCUUCUCCCCCCUGCUUCCCCUCCUUCUCCCCCCUGCUUCCCCUCCUUCUCCCCCCUGCUUCCCCUCCUUCUCCCCCCUGCUUCCCCUCCUUCUCCCCCCUGCUUCCCCUCCUUCUCCCCCCUGCUUCCCCUCCUUCUCCCCCCUGCUUCCCCUCCUCCCCCCUGCUUCCCCUCCUUCUCCCCCCUGCUUCCCCUCCUUCUCCCCCCUGCUUCCCCUCCUUCUCCCCCCUGCUUCCCCUCCUUCUCCCCCCUGCUUCCCCUCCUUCUCCCCCCUGCUUCCCCUCCUUCUCCCCCCUGCUUCCCCUCCUUCUCCCCCCUGCUUCCCCUCCUUCUCCCCCCUGCUUCCCCUCCUUCUCCCCCCUGCUUCCCCUCCUUCUCCCCCCUGCUUCCCCUCCUUCUCCCCCCUGCUUCCCCUCCUUCUCCCCCCUGCUUCCCCUCCUUCUCCCCCCUGCUUCCCCUCCUUCUCCCCCCUGCUUCCCCUCCUUCUCCCCCCUGCUUCCCCUCCUUCUCCCCCCUGCUUCCCCUCCUUCUCCCCCCUGCUUCCCCUCCUUCUCCCCCCUGCUUCCCCUCCUUCUCCCCCCUGCUUCCCCUCCUUCUCCCCCCUGCUUCCCCUCCUUCUCCCCCCUGCUUCCCCUCACGACAGGGUGGAAGAUAG